UUGCAGAAGAUGAACAGGAGCGAGUCGCAUGGAAACAAAUGUUCAUUUGUUGAAACUGUUAAUAGAAGCGAUAGUAGCAUUCGUUGCACGAGGCUUCCUAGAGUUGUCGUCGAACGUCGGAAAACUUGUAAAAGUCGAGUUUUGACUCCAAACUGGAAGAAGAACCGUGAGGACCUUCUCUCAAGAUUUCUUGUCUACAAAAGUAGUAAAAAGUGUGUCAACGUUUCAACUUUUAUGGCUUCUGCUACGGGAAACGUAAGAGAUUCGUCGUUGUCGGAGUCCUUUGCAAAGGAAUAUUCUACUGGCACGAAUCAGUUCCUGCUUCCACAGCCUAUAAGAGAAACUUUAAAGAAGUGGCCCAGUGUUCCUCACAUGUGGAAAGACUUAGCAGAAAAGGAAGGCAAUCGUGUUGCCAUUGUAGACCAACAUAACGGACAAGCUACUAAACUUACUUUUCUCGAAUUGCAUCGCAGCAUCCAAGCCUGUGCAGUGGCUUUGAAAAGAAUUGGACUCAAGAAAGGAAACAAGGUGUGUUUGAUUUCAGAAAAUAGUUAUCGUUGGUUAGUAUUAGACCAAGCAGUGAUGACUAUUGGAGCUGCUUCUGCAGUUCGAGGUUCUGGUGCUCCUCUACUGGAAUUGUGUUAUAUUUAUGAGCAUAGUGAAAGUAUAGGGUUGGUGGCAGAAAAUGCACAAGUUUUGGUUCGUUUAGUAGAGAAAUUGGGAAGUGAGAAGUUGAAAUUUGCCAUCAUUUUAUGGGGAAAGGUUCCCACCGACUUUCCUCAACUUAAGAUUUUUUCUUUUGAUUCUCUUAUUCAGGAAGGUUGGAACUAUCAGAACGAAGUCUCAGUCCCGUUUGCUUCAUCUUCGGAUUUGGCUACUUUGAUUUACACUUCAGGAACCACUGGAAGACCCAAAGGAGUUGAACUUACUCAUGAAAACUUACUCUAUCAGAUAGCGUCAAUUGACAUCGGUAAAUGUUGUCCUGUCCCUGGAAAUGUUUUUGUUAGUAUUCUUCCUUGUUGGCACGUGUUUGAAAGAACUGCAGAAUACUUUUUUUUUGCACGAGGCGUUUGCGUGGUAUAUUCAAAUGUGCGUAAUCUAAGGAAUGAUUUGCAGUUACACAAGCCCCAAUUUUUAGUAGCCGUUCCUCGAGUAUUUGAGAGUUUAUAUAACAACAUUAUGUCGAACAUUUCAAAACAGAGCCUAAUGAGGCGAUAUCUUAUACGAAUGUUUACUUUCAUAUCUCUCAGUUAUCACAGAGCUUUUCGUACUUUGUUCUCAUUGGACAUAUUUCGUAUAGACUCCAGAUUUUGGAAGAAAUUGAAAGCCUUCUUCGUACUGAUAGCUCUUUUUACCUUUCACAAAUUGGCGAAUUGGAUAGUUUGGUCAAAGAUAAGAAGUGUUUUAGGCGGUAGAGUACAAUGUGGAAUUUGUGGAGGUGGUUCUUUACCUUUUUAUUUGGAAGAAUUUUAUGCUUCCACAGGAGUCUGUUUAUUGGUAGGCUAUGGACUGACAGAAACCAGUCCAGUUGUCUCACAUAGAAGGCCUGGAUUGGAAAAUAUGUUGGGUUCGUCGGGGAGAUGUUUACCUGGUACUCAAGUGAAAGUUGUCCAUCCAGAAACCAAGGAAGAGUUGAAACACGGUGAUAUUGGACUAUUAUUAGUCAGAGGUCCUGGUGUUGUGAGAGGUUAUUAUAGAGAACCUGAAAGGUCCGAUGUCUUUUUAGAGGAUGGGUUUUUCAAUAGUGGAGAUUUGGCGUGGAUUGUACCAAAUAAUGGUCAUAUAGUUAUAAGUGGUCGUUAUAAGGAUGUCAUUGUUCUCAAUAACGGUGAAAAUAUUGAGCCGCAACCAAUAGAAGAUGCAAUUUUGGAAAGUCCAUUAUUUGAUCAAGUGAUAUUGGUUGGUCAAGAUGAGAGGCACUUGGGAGCCCUUCUUGUUCCUUCUUUAGAGUACCUCAAGGUAGAAGGAAUACUCUCAUCUGAAUAUAUAACAGCAAUAGAAGAAGCAAGACUUGAUCCUUCAAAGGAUUCUUUUUUGAGAGAAGAGGAAGUCAAAUUGACAAAAAUGGAGCGCAUCAAACAACUUGUUCGCAAAGAAUUGUAUGAACGUGUCGUUUCUCGUCCCCAUUUUACACCCAACGAUUUUAUUCGCACAUUUCAUUUGAUACUUGCACCAUUCACAGUUGAGAAUGGCUUACUGACACAAACAUUGAAGGUUAAGCGGUCUGAGGUUUAUAAGAGAUAUAAGAAAGAAAUCAGUUCCUUGUUUCAUUAUGAUAGUUUUUCAAACCCUUCAUAGAAAGUAUUCAUUUCAGUGGCAUUUUUGGUGCAAUAAAUUAGGGGUAUUCUUUCACUUUUAUAUCCAUUCAGUUAUUGUUGAGAGUCCAAUUGGUAUCUUGGGAGCCUGAAACGUUCAGAGAAAGAGUUGCAGACUUUUAUAGACAGUCAAAGAAUGAUAGAGUUAUCUUUGGAUGAGUAAAGCUGAUAGUAAUUUU